UCCAACCUCACUUACUCAUUCUUCUUAUCUUCCAAUGUCAAGGCCUCGCACUGAUGGUCGUAGUUCGAGACUAGAAUUCCAGCCGUAUUGGCUCCGGCUUCAAUGCCAUCGUCUCCUUCAGUCUUGGUCAGGGGCAGCGUGACUGCCCACCCUUCAUUUCUUUCUUCAUCAGACGUCAAUCAAACUGUUAACAAACGUUUUUUGUCCUGCGGCCCGUGCCCAAUGAUGUCAGUGCCGUCACCGCUGUGUCUAGAGCACUUUCUCCGUUGCCUCAUGAGACGAGUGGAGGAAAUGAACCAUGGCUCCAGGGUUCGGAUAAAUCGCCGAGGGUCAAUCAAGAAGCAACGGGCACUAUGCUAAAUCCCACACAGACCGCGGAGGGGAUUGCGAUAUAGCAGAAAUGCUCUUUUUAAGAGUCAAGGCACAAUGCCGGUUGCUAGGAGACGGUUGG